AUCUCAAGGCUCUAUCUCCGCACCCUGAGCCUGGGUGACCUGAGACAUCCGUUCGAGAGUGUGGCCCCGACACCAGGUGGCGGCGGCGGUCUGGGAGAAAGAAAUUCGGCGGCGGGGAGAGCAUGCUGCCUAAAGGCAGGGGGAGGGGCUAGCUGCCCCGCCCCCUCCGCCAGAUAUCCUUGGGCAGGGAGCCGCGGGCUCCCGCCCCCAACCGGCCCCGCCGCGUGCAGCGUCUGGGAGCGAGGAGAAGCAGCCAACCUGGCGAGAUGGAGGCGGCCGGCACCUGGGCGCUGCUGCUGGUGCUGCUGCUGCUGCUGACGCUGGCGCUGUCCCGGACCCGGACCCGAGGCCACCUGCCCCCCGGGCCCGCGCCGCUGCCACUGCUGGGGAACCUCCUGCAGCUCCGGCCCGGGGCGCUGUACUGGGGGCUCUUGCGGCUGAGUAAGAAGUACGGCCCAGUGUUCACUGUGUACCUGGGACCCUGGCGGCGCGUGGUGGUCCUGGUUGGGCACAAGGCUGUGCGGGAGGCCCUAGGAGAGCAGGCCGAGGAGUUCAGCGGGCGGGGCACGUUGGCGACGCUGGACGGGACCUUUGACGGCCAUGGGGUCUUCUUCUCCAAUGGGGAGCGGUGGAGGCAGCUGAGGAGAUUCACCAUGCUCACACUACGGGACCUGGGCAUGGGGAAGCGGGAAGGCGAGGAGCUGAUCCAGGCAGAGAUCCAGUGUCUGGUGGAAGCGUUCCAGGGGACAGAAGGACGGGCAUUUGACCCCUCCCUGCUGCUGGCCCAGGCCACCUCCAACAUGGUCUGCUCCCUCACCUUCGGCCUCCGUUUCCCCUACGAGGAUAAGGAGUUCCAGGCCUUGGUCAGGGCGGCUGGCGGCACCCUGCUGGGAAUCAGCUCCCCGUGGGGCCAGACCUACGAGAUGUUCUCCCGGCUCCUGCAGCCCCUGCCCGGCCCCCACACGAAGCUCCUGGGCCACCUGAGCACCCUGGCUGCCUUCGCGGUCCAGCAGGUGCAGCGGCACCGGGAGAACCUGGACACCUCAGGCCCUGCACUCGACGUCGUGGACGCCUUCCUGCUGAAGAUGGCGCAGGAGGAACAAGACCCAAACACGGAAUUCACUGACAAGAAUUUGCUGAUGACAGUCACUUAUCUGCUGUUCGCCGGGACAAUGACAGUCAGCACCACAGUCCGCUACACCCUCCUGCUCCUGCUCACAUACCCUCGGGUCCAAGAGCUCGUGCGGGAGGAGCUGACGCGGGAGCUGGGGCCGGGCAGGGCGCCAGGCCUGGGAGACCGAGCCCACCUCCCGUACACGGAUGCGGUUCUGCACGAGGCGCAGCGGCUGCUGGCACUGGUGCCCAUGGGAAUGCCCCGGGCCCUCACGAGGACCACCUGCUUCCGAGGGUACACCCUGCCCCAGGGCACUGAGGUCUUCCCCCUCCUCGGCUCUGUCCUCCAUGAUCCUGAGGUCUUUGAGCAGCCGGAGGAGUUCAAUCCAGGCCGGUUCCUGGAUGCGGACGGAAGGGUCAAGAAGCAAGAAGCAUUCCUGCCCUACUCCUUAGGUAAGCGCGUCUGCCUCGGGGAGGGCCUGGCACGAGCAGAGAUCUUCCUCCUAGUCACUGCCAUCCUGCAGGCCUUCUCCCUGGAGAGCCCAUGCCCACCGAAUGCCCUGAGCCUCCAGCCAGCUGUCAGUGGCCUUUUCAACAUCCCCCCAGCCUUCCAGCUGCAAGUCCGGCCCCACUGACCUCCACCCAACUCCACCAUGUGGACCAGUUGAAGGAGGGAGACUUAAGGGCUGGUGGCCUCGACAGUGGCAUGGACAUGGCUGUGUCUACAGAGCCACAAGUCUACACCGCAGGCAGCCAAAUUCAUGCGCCCAUAGCUGUUUCCUAGAGUUGGUCACACAGAUACUCAGCCUACACAUCCACAGGGCCACAGUCGUCCGCCCACACAGCUGUUGAGACACAACCACACACCCAUACACAACCACGAGGGCCACGAGGCAACUCGGCCACACAAGCUUUUUACAGACAUAAAUUUGGUCCAUCUGGAAUCAUGACCACAUGACCAGAUAACCCACCAACUCAUAUACAACACAGCACCCCUGGACUCGCAACCCACACGUGGAGUUUGGCUGCCACCUUCACAGGCCACCAAAACAGCCACCAUGUUCAUGACCCACAUGCCCUCUUCACUCAUCAAGCUUACCAGUGCCACUAUCUCUGGGAGCCUGGUGCAAAGAAGAACAUGUCCCCUCCUGGGUCAUGUCACCACACAGACCAUCCCUGUCCUCAGCCCCAACAUGCCCUCUGUCGUGUGACCAUGCCACUAUCCAGGCAUAUGACCGUCACCAUCCACAUGCCCCCAACCACUGAACCACAUAGCCAGCCCACACAUGACACCACCCUGGGUCCCGAAUAUCUUCCCACUGAGACACACUACUCCCAAGGAGGCACAGCCACGGCCUCCUCUGCACCUUCAGCUCUCAAGGACACCCGUUUCCAAGCACCCUGAUCUGCAAAUUCUCCCAAAUAUGAACAUACCCCCAGUGUGCAGUUGUGCACACAGGCCUGGGAACCAAGUGAACUUAGACGCAGGAGGACCCUCAGACCAGACAAGCACCUUCCCACUUGUGCUUAUGUAACCAAGUUGAAAGCCUCCCCUGCGUCCCACCCCCCCAACACACACACGCUGACCCAGCACCCCUACUCUGCGUCAGAGUCCCCAUUAGACCCAGUAGACGGGACUAGACGACCAAGGUGGGGGCCAGAUUCCAACUUCCUGUGUCAGGGAAGAGGCCAGGUCGGACGUCCUUGUGACUUGAAGGUCCCCGUUUUGCAAUAAAAGUUCGUUUCUGGCCCCUGGUCUGUCCGUGGCAGGGCCUA